UGCCAAAGCAAGGAGCGGGGUGACCAGGAAAUGAGAGCAGACAGAGGGUGAUUUAAGCCCUGCUGGUGUUGGGAAGGCGAAGGGGGAUCAGGAUUCCCUAAACUCCUCCUUUCCCCAUUACCAAGCCGCGGUACCCUUCGCAACCGGGAGCCAGGAUCUCCAUUUGAACUUUCUUUUGGAAGGAAGGGGCGUGUCUCCUUCUUGAAGCGUCGAGACUCUUGCACUUCCUCUCUUCUCCUUGGCCUUCUCUUCUCCCGCGGCUGAGGGAAACACCUGAGCAUGUGGCAUCCCAACGCUGGGCAGCCAGGGCCAAAUCCAUAUCCCCCCAACGUUGGGUACCCUGGAGGUUCCAAUCCUGCCCACCCGCCGCCUGUCAAUCCAGCAUGUCCUCCAUGCCCCUUUCCCACUCCCCCAGGAGUUCCCCAGGGGAAUCCAGCUUUCCCCCCAUGUGGGCCACCUCACCCUGUGCCACAGCCAGGGUAUCCAGGUUGCCAGCCCUCAGGUCCUUACCCGCCUCCAUACCCACCACCUGCCCCUGGCAUGCCUCCUGUGAAUCCCUUGCCCCCUGGCAUGGUGGGACCAGGAAUAGUGCUGGACAAGAAGAUGCGGAAGAAAAUGAAGAAAGCUCAUAAAAAGGGGCACAAACACCACAAGCACGGCAAGCAUUCCUCUUCCUCCUCCUCCUCCUCUUCCAGCAGUGACUCUGACUGAAUGCAGGGCCUGGACCCUUCCCUCAAGUCUCACCAGUUCUGCUCUCCCAUCAAGCUUCAGAUGCCAUGUCAUGUUGCACUGGGGGAAAUUAGCCCUGUUCCCGCCCCACCCCACUCUCCAGCCCCAGCCCCACCUGGGCCUCACCCUGCUGUCAGCCCUGACUGGCCAGGGAAAAUGGGAAGAGGAUUGCCAUGGGUUGGCACCUGCUUGGUGCUCAGGUAGAUUUUAUAGCUGAUGAAUUAGAGGGGAGCUAUUUUUUGAAGAUGGUGAGAUGUUUGUGCUAAAUGCUGAAGACAAGUUUCAGAUCUGUAUAAUGGGAUGUUUCUUUCCUUUUGUAAUACUCAUGGUUGGCAGGGGGUUGGGGAAAUUUAAUGAUGAAGAAUAUCCUGUAUCUGUUUUGUUAUGUUGGUACUUUUGGAUGAUUUAGUGGCAAAUACAUUUCCCAGCAGGCCUUUUAUUGAUUGCACUAACUGCAAGGCUGCUGGGAAGUACAGUCCAUUUAGUUGAUUGAGGUCCAACUGCCCUUUUGGAACCUAAUCUUAACUCCUUAGCCUAAUAUGUUAUCUCAGGUCCGACUCGCAUUCUCCAGCUUAGUCCGAAUAAAGCUGUUUCUCCCAGUC